CAAACAGAUUGGAGAUGGUGUCCCCAGCAAUUGUCCUGGCUUUCAUCCCUUUGAUCAUGACGUUGAUAAUCCGGUACCGGCACCACUUCCUGCUGUUUUACCGGGCCGUGCUGGUUCGCAUGGUGCUGGACUGCACGACGGGUAUCUCCCGUGAAGAACGGGCGUUCCAGUACCUGCUCACACAUUCCCUCCCAGGGGACCCGGACAGCAUCCUGGACACAUUCGACCACUGGUCCAGCCGUGUGGAGUACAUGAGCAACAUUGGCCCCAAGAAAGGUAAAGUUCUGGACCGCCUCAUUACGGACAAUGCCCCUCUGAUUGUGCUGGAGCUGGGCACGCACUGUGGCUACUCUGCAGUCCGUAUCGCCCGCGGACUGCCCCUUGGUGCCAGGCUCUAUUCUGUCGAGAUGGAUGAGCGCAAUGCCGCCAUAGCCGAGAAGGUCAUCAGAUUGGCUGGAUUUGAUGAUGACACGGUGGAGCUGAUUGUGAGCCCCUCAGAGGAGGUGAUCCCCCAGUUGAGGGAGCGCUUUGGGAUUGACUGCCUGGACUUCGUGUUCAUGGACCACUGGAAGCGCUGCUACCUGCGAGACCUGCAGCUGCUGGAGGGGAGCGGGCUGCUGGGGAAGGGAAGCAUUAUCCUGGCAGACAACAUCAUCUUCCCUGGGGCACCGCACUUCCUGCGCUAUGUCAAGAGCUCCGGCCUGUACCAGCACCGCAUUCACCAGGCCACGCUGGAGUACUUCCGGGGUAUCCGAGAUGGCAUGGCCGAGCUCACCUUCAUCGGAACCAAGUAGAAACCCUUCUGUGGCAAGAAGAGGCAGCUACCUGCUAAUUUACUACUGAAGGGUUAAUACUUGCUGUGAUAAUCUGUCAGCGCUUACUUAAUUUUUUUAAUAAAUAUUAUGUCCUUACUCAGAUUUGUAUUUAAAAUAACACAAAUUUGAUUAAGUUAGUAGGACUAGAUUAUGGCUAGAAUUUGUUUUGCGGGUUGGUUAUUUAAGUUACUGUUGCUUCCAUAUUCGCACAGAAUUCUAGCUCCUUAUGGUAAGGUACUUUCUGGGGUCAGCAAUAAGUAAACUGAAAUAUAGUGUAUCUAUACCACCUUAUAUUAGCUUUUAUUUUUAACCGUUUCCUCAUACAGGGUAAAAUGAGUAACAUCGUGACUUUUUCUAAUUAAGAAACAUGAGAACAAUUGCUUCAUAUCAUGAAUUCUAAAAGACAAACUUAUUAGUAUUUUAUUUUUAAAAGAUUUAAGGUUCCUCUCUUUCGGUGUGUUUCUUGCAGAAUAUUUUCUUUAAGUGUUUUCGUAAUACUGUACAGAAUGCCUAUUUGUUCAUUACAUUUUAUAUAUCAGAUCUUAUUUUCAGAAUGGUUUAAUAUUUAAUUAAAUACUCGUUAUUGUCCAAUUAUUGAGCUUGCCACUGCCAAACUGGUUAAGUCCUUUUAAAUAUGUCAGUUAAGGGGAAGUCAUUUUAAAGUCAUUGUUUUAUAUCGAAUAUACAACUGACCUAUUUUCUUGACAUACCCUUGUAUCUCACUCUCUAAUAUUUAUGCUCUUUACAGAAUCAAAUUCCAUCUAACGGUUCUGCUGGGGAAUCAUAAAUAUUCAAGCUUCGCUCUUAUUAUUUUUUUUUUUUUUUUGUCAGCUUGUCUCUAUGGCAUUGUUCCCCAUUAAUACACUCCCUGCAAUCUAUUAUAUUGAUUUUAUUGUCAUUUUUGCCCUGGUAGUAGCAACGUUGUAAAUCAAAAAUAAAAUGCUUUAAAACCCACAAGUUCUUUAAAUAACAUUUGACUUUAAUUUUUGUUUUAAAUAGUAAAAUGCAGUAGAACAAACCAGAGUAAAUCCCACACAUGGAAGCUAUCCAACUUUGUUACUGUAUUCAUUGUGUUAACGCUCAGCAGGGACACCUGCUGGUUGGUCUAGACAAUACAGCAGCAUGACAGUUGAUGAUUGUCAGUGCCUGCUCAUUGAUCAGUUGUGUAUUAAAUAUCAUAGUUGCUAGAAACACAAGUUCAUCUCUAAUGGGCUUGGAUGUGUAUGUGUCCUGUAUAGAACACUCCAGAGUCAAUUUGUAAUACCAGUAAAAGCACACAGUACAAUAUUACCGAUUCCAUAGCACCAUUAGGAAACCAACCUAUUUUCACAUACUGUAUGUGUCUAGUGGCUGUGUGCCGUUUGUAAACACAAGCGUAAAGUGGUUUGCAGCAUUUAAACAUUUCUGGACAAGUGCCUCUCCUGCUGUAGAAUGGUUAUCCCUAUAGUGUUGGCUUGUUUCUUACAUUCACUUGCUGAAGCAGAAACAGUGUUUAUGAAACAAAACAAACAAGCAAAAAACAAUCCAACGAAACCAUAUACUGCAAGUUAAACAAUGCACUCAACAUUCCACAGCAACAAGGUUCAGAGCAUACAGGGCCAAUGGCAAAGGGCUGCGUCCUUCAAACCAUGAACCCUUACUGGGUACUGGAAGAUCACAACAAGGUUCUGGGUGUUGUUUUUCACUCUAGUACGGGAAGGAGGGUCUAGAUCAGGGGUCUCCAACCCUGGUCCUGGAGAGCCCCUAUCCAGCAGGUUUUAUAGGUAUCUUUACAUCAUCAG